GCACCCCCAGACCCACAAGCUUUGGGGUGUUGUCCCCCCCCCCAACCCCUUCUCUGGCUUCUCCUGCUGCUCAGCCCCCUCCUCCUCCCACAGGGCUACGUCCCGACCGUCUAUUACCCCAAGCGCCCCAACAAGCCCCUCUUUGAAGGUCUGACCACCCAGUGCCAGAAGAUGGACAUCACCUUCCUCCCCGAGUUCCCGGCCGAGGCCGCGCUCAUCGAUGAGCUCUACGGGCUGGUGGUGGACGCCAUUUUCGGGUUCAGCUUCAAGGGAGCGGUGCGGGAGCCCUUCGGCAGCAUCCUGGACACCCUGGGGCACAUCACGGUGCCCAUCGCCAGCAUCGACAUCCCCUCGGGUUGGGAUGUGGAGAAGGGGAAGGCGGACGGUCUCCAGCCCGACAUGCUCAUCUCCCUCACGGCACCCAAAAAGGCAGCCAAGCAUUUCACCGGGCGGUACCACUUCCUGGGGGGCAGGUUCGUGCCCCCCGCGCUGCAGGAGAAAUACGCCCUCAACCUGCCGCCGUACCCCGAGACGGACUGCGUCCUGCAGCUCACCUAGGGCCGGGCGCCCGCUUCCACCACGCUCUCUGCCAGGAGGAUUCUCAGCACCUCCCCGGGCUCCAGUUCUGCCCAGCUCCACCAGUGUGAUCCAAGUUUAGGGGAGAACAAAGCCCCCGGGAACUUUUUGGGGGGCUGUCGGGGGGGUAGCGUUCAGGGUUGGUACCGAAUUGGGGCGCUUCGAGGUGUAGGAUGCAGGAUCGCGGGGUUCCUGCCACAAACCUCACCCUUCAGGGUAGUUUCACUGCAAUAAAGAUUUAUUUAAGCCCUUGGACAAAA